AUGACGGUCAAUGGCAUUGUAGCUGCCACCCCACCUCGAGAGCCCGACGUCGUUUCGUCCAGCGAAACGACGAAACCGGGACAGAUCCAUUCCAGCGGCGUGAAACGACCGCGCCACGAGUGCGUCGGCCGCAAGAUGAACCUGGACUUGCUGUGGGAGCAUGAGAAGCGGCGUGUGGCGGAGGGUGGCGCGGGACCGAUGCCCGUGCCGGCGGACGGCCUGAACACAGACGUCGUCAUAAAGCCCAAAGCGACAACAACGUUCAAGUUGAAAAAAGGCGGGUCCGUUGCCAACAAACUCAGGUGCUUCGACACGCCGUGCAUUCCGCCCUUGUCGAUCGAGGAAACCAUCUUUGAACGGAACGGAUACGCUCUCGACUACGAAAGCCACAUGACGAAGCGGCUGAGCCAGCCGCCGGCAGGACUGACGUCGUCGACGUACCACGCGGCCGCGUCGUCCGCCACGUCUACCUCAGGUGCCGGUCCCCCCAGUACCGAUGCAACAUGCCGGAGCUCCGGCGAAUCGAUCAAGACGCGUGCGGUCGACACUCCAAAAAAGAGGGCAACUCUCCGAGGCGCCGUGUCGUCGACGUCUGCCGCGGCGGCAACGUCCCCGAUCCCCGCGCGCCACGACAAACUCUCGCUCAACUCGUUGCUCAAGACCGCCGCACGCCCGAACCAGCCACUUACGUACCGACGCACCGAGGUCGACCCCACGGCAAGUGCUCCUCCACCCAACAAGGCCAUCGAAGAACGUGCCAUCAAGGCGUACAUGGGCGACUACUUUUCAACGCGUGGCGAGUACGUCGACGGGAUGCUGUACAUGUCCCGCAUGAAAAAGAGCCACGGGAUGCGGAACGGCUCAACCAGCGCGGCGUCCGUGCACGUAGCCUUGGACGGCGCCAUGUUAAAGGAAGCGCUCGCGUCUGCGACUGCCGACUCGACCGACCCCGACGGUGCCCUGUCGUUUCCUGGCGCGUUGUCCACAAAUCCUGCGACAGGAGGAGGCGGGGCGGACAAGUCGACCCAAGCGCAGCGCUGCGCGUCGACGCUCGCCAACUGGAGCUCCAACCCCGCGAACGCACGGGUGAUGGUGAACGAAGGAGUCGUCCAAGCGCUGAUGAUCCUUAGCCGCAACGACGACAUCGCGACGCGCGUCCAUUGCGUCACGACCUUUAUGAAUCUCUCCAACGUGGCCGACCUGCGCCAAGGAAUCAUUCAACUCGGCGCGGUGAAGACUCUGGUUGGCGUCUUGAGCGGGUGCGACGAUCGCACGCUGCAGACGGCAUGUGCGUUGACCCUGUGCAACCUGUGCUGCCUGGCGGGGGAAGAAGUGCGGCUGGUCGCGGACAGCGCGGUCGGCGCGCUCACGGCGCUCGUGAACGACGCACCGGGCGUCGCCGCGAUCUCGGAGCGAGCACUAUUCAACCUGACGUGCGUCGCCGAGCCGUAUGCACAGAUCGACGUCGUGAUCAAGGCCCUGGUAUCCCUCGCAUCGUCGGCAUCGUCGUCGUCUGGAGUUGGCGGCGCGGUGGGCAUGAGCGCGGUCGUCACCGGGAUCGGCAACGCCGUCGUUCGUGAACGCACCCUGCACAUGUGCGCGAUGGCGUUUGUCAACUUGAGCAACAUGAAGCGGGUGCGUUCACGGCUGAUGGAGGAAGGAAUCGUUCCGGCGAUCUCGGCGCUGCUCAAGUCGCACAACUUGGACGUCAAGCACUGGGCCGUGUACGUGCUGUGUAAUAUCGCGUCCAUGCGGUCGUGCCGCAGCGAACUCGUCACGAAAGGCGCGCUCAACAUCCUCGUCGCGCUCGCGCCGCACCCGACGCUGCCCCCCAAGACCUUGCUCGUGAUCGGCACAAUCUUGUGCCACUUAAGCAAAGAGCCAUCGAUCCGGCACCGCCUCGUCGUCGAAGGUCUGUUGUCGGUGGUCGCUGCAAUCGGACGGGCCGACGGCGCCGGGGCCGCCCUUGUCUUAACUGCAUCCGAUGACAUCCGACGGGUCUGCGCGACAGCCAUUCACAACUGCUCGUGCAGCGACGAUACCCGUGUGAAGCUCGUCGAGCGGGACGGCGUCGCGUUGCUGACAGCGCUAUCCAGCGGCUGCGACUCCCCCGACGUCCGGCGGAUGUGCACCCUGGCGCUGUGCAAUUUUCUCAUGGUCAAGCAAGCGGCCAUGGAGGUCGUGGGAUGCGGCGCCGUUGCCUCCCUGCUCGACCUUGCGACGCAACAUGGCACGCCACUCAACAGCCAGCUCCUGUACGCGACGGCGUUCUACAACUUGUGCCACAAUCCAACCUCGCGCGACUCGAUUGGGACGGCCGGGGGGGUAGCCGCGAUCGCAGCCCUCUGCACGUCCAACUUGCCCCCGCACUCGUCGCUGUCUGUCGGUGUUCUCACUCUCUGCGCCGCCUCGCUGUGCUACCUCGCCGCGGACGACAGCACGCGCCAUUUUGUUGCGACAGCCGACGUUGUCCACGUGAUCACUUGCAUGCUGCAAACGUCGCCGACGAGUGUCCCCAUCCAGCGCUUUGGCGUUGCGUGCCUCAGCAUGUUGUCGCAAGACCAGCUCUGCGCGACGUGGAUUCUCGAUCAAGCGGGCAUCGAUGCGAUCAUAGCCGCGUGCGCCAACAGCCGCGACGGCGAAACGAAAGCGUGCUGCUGCGAUCUGCUGGCGUCACUUAGCUACCAUACCCACUGCCGACACAAACUGGUCGCGAUCGGCAUCCUCCCAUCGCUUACAAAGCUCGCCAAGCUGCGCGACCCGGACAUUCAACGCCGGUGCGCGGCGGCGAUUGGGAACCUCGCGAGCGAAGCAUCCGUGCACGAUGCCCUCCUCGCCGCCAAUAUCGUCCACGUCCUGUCCAUUCUGAGCAACUCGUACAGCGAAGAGAGCCAAAGCGACUGUGCCAAGGCCCUGUGCAACUUGUCGACGUCGUCCGGGUUCGAAUCGAAACUGGUCGCGGAGGGGGCGGUGGGUGUGCUCCUGAUGAUCUCCGCCGUCCGGUCCGGGAGCCUCGCGACCAAAGAAACGUGUGCCCGGGCACUGGGCAAUCUGCUCAUGCCAUCCACCAUGGACACAAUGCUCCACGAGGGUUUAGCUAAACUGCUGCCAGCGCUGACCACGGGCGGCGACGGGCCAACGUCCCCCGUCCCCGCCACCAUCUUUGCCAAACUCGUCCGACACCCCCACGCCCGCCUUGCGCUCUGCGCCGAGUCUCAAGCGCUGCGUACGCUUUUCAACUACAUGUCUCGCGAUGGCCACGACCCAUCGACGAUGGACCUACUCAGCUCCAUUGUGUGCGAUCUCCUGGUCUACCCCAAUACCCGGCACAAAGCAGUCGCCGACGGCCUCGUCGCUGCCAUCGCGGACCUUGCUCGGCGCACACUCUGGUCGAGCGAGCGACUUGUGUCGGCUGUGCUGCUCUUGGCAGCAUCGGACGACACACGGAUGGAUGCCAUCCAAGACGACAGCGUCAAUACUCUCCUGGCCUACCUGGAACCAACGUCCGGCCAUGACGUGGCUAGCCCUGUCUCGUGGAUGGUUGUCACGGCGCUUUGUCAUUUGGGGUGGCACGACGUGCCCCGGAGCCAGCUCCACGACCCCCGCGUUGUCCUGUCGCUCGUAUCUCUGGUUUUGCCGCGGCUCCUGGCGCUCCUUCAAGAACCUGUGGCCCCGUCAGCCUGCGCCACUGCUGUGUUGCACGUUACGUUGCUCACGUUGGCCUCGCUGGCCUUUCGGCCAGACCAUGCCACCACGAUGCUCCAGAACGGUUUAUGUCCGGCCCUCGUCGGCGUCGCCACGCUGCCUGGCCUUCCCCCGCUCCUCCGCCGCCUCGUAUGCCUCCUCCUUCGCCAAAUGAGCCACGUCGACGCAUUCCACACGCAUCUCCAAGUGCGCGACUCCCGACAACCCGUCCUCGGUUUACUCUGCACGCUUUGCCUGCACCCAUCGGAAAUGCUAGACGACAUGGCCGCCCUGGACUGUGCGGACGCGCUGUACAACAUCGCGGCCGUCGACGGCCUUGCCCCCAAACUCGUCGUCGAGGUAAGAUCGACCCGUCCUGCGACACCAGUAGCCCCGGACGUCAUCAUCCUCGCAUAG